UUGGUCUAUUCUGAGGCUGGCAGAGCAAGACCCAGAUAUGGUGUAGUAUAACAGGAAAGAAACAAGAAACCUGUACAGCAUGGAGGGAGGCCUGUGUUGAAGUUAGAGGAGUAUACGACUAAGCAGUCACCGUGGAUUGUGGGAAGUGGAGGCGGAGGGCGACAUGCAGAAUGAGGCCCAGGGCCCGGCAGCCGCCAGCAUCAGUACGACUCCCAGUGUCACCACCAGCCUGGUCACUACUAGCAGCACUGGGAGGCCAACCCUGCCCCACAUCUCUGUCUACGCUGGGACCCCAGGUAGACAGACUGCUCAGGUGAUCCAACAGGCGCUCCACAGACAACCCAGCACGGCAGCCCAGUACCUGCAGCAGAUGUAUGCAGCCCAGCAGCAGCACCUCAUGCUUCAGACAGCAGCCCUCCAACAGCAGCAGCAGCAGCAGCAGCAGCAGCAGCAGCAGCAGCAGCUGAGCAACGCUCAGCUCCAGAGGCUAGCCGGUGUGCAACAGGUCCAUGCUACCAUAGUGACAGGAAGACAGAGCUCCAACCAGAAUUGGACCUCCUCUCACCAGACAUGUACCACACAGACCACUGUAAACCCGGCCACACCUCCAGCAGCGGCCCAGAUAAUCAACAGAGUCCAGAGUGUUAGCUCCACUCCCUCCUGUAUCCCCCAGCAGGCUGUGCUCCUAGGCAACGCCUCCAGCCUCGUCCUCACCGCCAGCCAAGCUCAGAUGUAUCUGCGGGCUCAGAUGCUCAUCUUCACCCCAACUGCAGCUGUUGCCACUGUCCAAUCAGCAGCCUCAUCCCAGUCUGCCACCAACCAACAGUCUGCUAGUGCACAGGUGCAGAACCUUGCCAUCUGUAGUCAGCAGGGGGCCCCCUCCUCCUCUCAGCUCCAGGGCCUUCAUCUCAAACCGAUGUCUGGAGGGGCCCAAGUCUCCCUGGCUGGCCAGCUCAGGGGUCCAACCCAGGGGCCACAGGGAACACAACUGGGGUCCCUGAAGGCCCCAUCAAAGGGGGGGCAGAAAGGUGAGGGCCACUUUGUAUCCGUGAGCCGCAGUGUGAUGGCCGUCAGCAGUCACCCCCUCAUCAGCCCAGGUAGACCACACUCAAAGCGCCCUGUUCAAGCGUAUGCACAAAUCCAGACGCACCAGUUUCUGCAGCAGCAAAAACAGCAGCAGUUUGUGUUCCAGCAACAGCGACACCAGACCCAGCAGCUUUCUCUGAGGGGCCAGGCCCCAGUGCUACAUACAGCCUCCAUCCACAGUCACUCUCAGGCCCAGAUGCUACAGGCCCUGGCUAUCCAGCCCCAGCCCAAGGAGGGCCCUGUCCCUGUACUGCCCAAACCAUUUAUUUCUGCCAAUGUUCCUAGCCAGCAGGCCACCAUCUUCCACUCCACUGUCAGUCCCCAGAUUCUUACCCACAACGGGCCAACCCCUGUGGUCACCCAGAUGCAGGCUGCUCCACUGCCCAACACCAAGCUAGUGCAGAUGGCUGCAGUCGACCUCCAGAUCCAGCCAACAGCUCUUACACCAGCCUCUCAGCUGGUUCAGGAUAGUGCUGGCAAGGAGCUGCCCACGUCUGAGGUAGUCACGGAGAACAGCUCCACUCCCCUCCUACAGCAGCCAACAGCCCCUCCUAUUCUUGAGGUCAUCACUAUUGAGCAAUGCCCAUCGGAUCCCAGCAACCCCACCACACCCACUGGAGCAGGUAAGGGAGAUGCUGAGUGGCUGAAUGCGCAACCAGGUGCAGGCUCACUUCCAGUCAUGACCUCAGGGAAUGGGAACAAUGCGCCCAUGGUGACAGGCAGUACCCCACAGAAUGGCGAGAGCAAACUGCCUCAAGCCAUAGUGAAACCCCAGAUCCUCACCCACUUUAUUGAAGGAUUUGUGAUCCAGGAGGGAGCAGAGCCUUUCCCUGUGGAACGUCCGUUGUCGUUGCUGAUCGAGAACCUGAAGAAACACAAACAGCAGACUCACUCUGACUCAGAGAAGACAACUACCUCCUCCAACAGCACCACUGACUCUGAGAUGGAGGACCUAUCACAGCAAGAGCUGAAGCAGCAAGAGGAGCCCACCCUGACGUGUGAGCUGUGUGGCAGAGUGGACUUUGCCUACAACUUCAAGAGAUCCAAGAGGUUCUGCUCCACAGUAUGUGCCAAACGGUACAAUGUGGGGUGUACAAAGCGAAUGGGCCUCUUUCCAAAUCGACAAACCACGAUGGAGAAACUGAAGAAGCAGAGAACAUCCGUUGGGAACCACCAGAACUCAAGCUCCGAGACCAAAAAACAGACUCCCACUACUGGGCAACAACCUGGGGGUGGAUCGGUGACAUCCAGCCACCCCUCUCACCCUGGUCACAGGGAGUUCAGCCAGUGUUUAGACAUGUCCAGCUACGAGGGUCCCCCUUCACCCCCACUGUCUGCUGCCAGCUCUAGUGCUCCCAGGUCCCAGGCGGGCAGAGGGGCUGAGCACACGGAGGGCUGUGGACAAGAGCUGCCCCUCUUCCAGCCCAGCGACCCGGCCAAGUGGAACGUGGAGGAGGUCUACGAGUUCAUCUGCUCCCUGCCAGGUUGCUUGGAGAUAGCCAAGGAGUUCCGCUCGCAGGAGAUCGACGGCCAGUCUUUGCUGCUGCUGAAAGAGGACCACCUCAUGGGCACCAUGAAUAUCAAACUGGGGCCUGCGCUCAAGCUCUUUGCCGAGAUCAGUAUGCUGAGAGACUCGUAACCCCUCCUCUCUGGAGCCACUCCACACUGCCGGAAAGUGUCCAGAACACCGUAUUUAUACGGUACUCUGACCAGGCUCAAGCCUACCGCUGUGGCAGGUUGGUCCCAUGGUGGUGGAGGAUGGACGAAGGGUGUCUCUCUGUUUCAUAGAAGCUGAUGGUCCGUAGCAUAUUGGCAACGCUAUCUGAGUUUAGAGCUUUGUCUCUUUGGACUCUCCUAUGCAAUGCAGGAACCGUUAGCUACUGAAUGAGUUGUACUGUGGAUGUUGUACUGUGCACAAGUAACUUACCCAGCUAGACUCAAAUGGACAUGGUGGUACUUAAGUUCAUAAACGCCGUUAUUAGUAGUUAGAGAUUCCUGGUACUUCUGUAUACUUUUUAGCCAGUAGUUCUGAAAGUAGCGCUCACGAGCCAAAAGUGGUCCCUGAAAAUUACGUACUACAUAUGUGCAGAUAUGUGCACCACGUCAUUGCUCUCGCUCUGCUGUGUGCGUCUUGCUAGCUGUCACUCAAAUAGUGAGGGGCUGAAGCACAUUGGUUGGAACUCGAAUUGUUAGGGGGCUGGCCCAUGUCGGGGAAAAUGUAUGGAAAAUGGCGCCGCACAGCUUCUAGUAAACAGCCUCUUUCAAACUAAGAUUUUGUGGCUAAUUGAGGUUAAGUAAUUCUGCUCAUAGAUUAUGCAAGCAUGAACUACACAUGUCACAUGCACCAAAUACAACAGGUGUGGACUUUACAGUGAAAUGCUUACUUAUGAGCCCAUUCCCAACAAUGCAGAGUUAAAAUACGAGGCAAAUAUUUGCUAAAUUAAAAGGAAAUGCACAUCCAGCCUGAAGUGGGAGGUUUAAAAAUAUAUGAACUCAGCAAAAAAAGAAACGUCUUCUCACUGUCAACUGCAUUUAUUUUCAACAAACUUAACGUGUAAAUAUUUGUAUGAACAUAAGAUUCAACAACUGAGACAAACUGAACAAGUUCUACAGAUGUGACUAACAAUG